AAUAGCUUUUAAUCAAGAAACGCGCAAGAGCAAGAGAAAAACGCGACUGGGGCACACGCGAGCUCUAUACUACGCAAAUAUUUAAUGAGCAAUUCUCACUGCAAUCGGAGGAAAGGCGCUCGUCCAGUGCAUUUUCCGUCGAGAUCCUCCAGUUCAUGGAAGGACACGCACAUUGUCCGACAAUCAACAACGUGUCCACGCACGAUAGCGCUCGAUACGAAAUUGUCGCGUUGCCGAGAGCCUUUUUCACGAAAUAAUGGACGGGACGGACAUGGGGAACUCGAAAAGCGCCCAAUCGAGAAGAAUGAUCAGCUGGCCGCUCGAGAUGCUGCUUCGCCUGUUCGGCAUCUGGCCAGGCGUAUCGUACGGUCCACUAUGCAAAGUGAUCUGGAUGAUCAUCAUGACGACCAACAUGUUCCUUCAGUAUGUGUUUGUCAUCAUCCAAGCGCGCACCGUCAACUUGACUAUUUUUAUGUACGCGAUCGCCGUGUCUCUGGCGGGAAGCAUGAAGCUCUUUAAACUAGCCACUUUCUGGUGCAAUCAGCGACGAUUCAACGAGAUGUGGGCCGUGAUGUCGUCGUACUGGGAGCUCAGCGAUGCCUACACGAGUAACAUCAGGAAAAUGUAUGUGAUGCGUCACAUGCCCAAUUUCAUCGUGGCGUUCAAUUCGCUAUCGGUGAUAAUGACCUCUGUCAGUAUCCUCUUGAGCGGGAUUCAUUACGACGAGGCUUCCAACACGACGCGGCCGUACAUCAUGAUGAUGCAUCUUCCAUUCGACAUUAAUAAACAGUCCGUGUAUUUAGUCGUGAUAUUUCUGCAAUUCUUUUAUCUGCUGCUCAUUACUACCGGUGCGGCCACCCUUAAUUCGAUUUUUAUUAUUCUGAUGCUGUACUUAGGCGAUCAGAUCGAUAUCGUUUGCAGAAGCCUGACGAAGUUGCCGCAAGGCGAGAAUGAACGCAUGACGACGAUGAAACAGAUAAUCCAAAAGCAUCAGAGUAUCAUCAAUUUUUCAGAAAAUAUCGAAUCGCUGUACACAUACAUCGCGCUGGGGUUACUCCUGCUUAAUACCUUGCUCACCUGCGUUUUAGGUUUUAUACUCGUCACGUCAAUCGGAUCGCCUCAUUUCACCAAGAUGCUGAUGAAGAACCUUCUGUUCUAUUGCGCGGUUAACAUCGAGACGUUUGUGUUCUGCUUCGCCGGGGAAUAUCUCAGUACCAAGAGCAGAGAAAUCAGCGAGGCUGCGUAUAACUCAUUUUGGUAUCAGUCCAAAUUCCACAGUCGCGUCGUUUUGUUCAUGAUAAUGAGGUCGCAGAAUCAGCUGACGAUCACGAUGGGAAAAUUCAUGGAUCUAUCUUUGGAGCAGUUCUCCACUAUUGUAAAAACUUCAGCGUCUUACAUAUCGGUACUGUUGGCUAUGUAUUGAAGAGAGAACACAUACCGUAUUGAUAGUUAAUAUUUUAAGUAAAUGUUACGAAUUAUUACUACGUAUUUAGGAAUUGAAGAAAAUUGACCCACAAUUCUCUCUCGAUAAAAUCUUUGCUACUAAUAUCCAACAUAACCAGUCAAUAACAAAAUACGUCGGAGCUUUUCGUCAAGUACACUUAACAUGUAUAUCAGUCCCCAUGGAAUUUAUUAAAACACGCAUUAUGCGUUUACCUUUGUAAUAUCGGCAAGGAGGAAGGCGUGAAUUUGAUCAAGACGAGCACAAAACGUAACCUACACGUUUUUUCGCUAUGUCCUCCGAAGCAAACAUAAUUUAUUGAUGAUAUAAGGUGCGUAAAAUUUCAUAAAAGAUUAUUCGAUACAUGUCUCGCGAACUCGAUCUCCACUCAAGACAUUUUUCCCUGAGUCUCCGACUUUUCCCUCGGUCUAACGGGCUAUAAGAGACUUUUUCUCUUCACUCCCUUGGGAAUUGCUGUUUCAAAACAACUCGAGAUAUCUUCCUUGCUGACCUCACACGAUUCGCAAAUCAAUAUGCAUGUCGUGUGCACAUUUAUAAAAAACUUGAAUUUCCCAAGUAAACUGUCCUUGAUCGUAAUAUCGGGAUUGUCAAUGAGUUAGGACAAAUUGUUAUAUUGUAUUCUAUAAUUCUUGAUAUAUAUAAACAUUGAAAUAUAUCGUUUUAAAUGUAACUUUGGUACAUUAUAUGAUGAUGAGUACAAUGAAAUAAUUGACGGUACUAAUUUCUCUAUAUCAGAGACAAGAUUUUUUCGAACAUUUCUUAAUUAUUUUCCAGAUCUUCAAGCAUGAAUAUACAAUUCCUUGAAAAAAGAAAGCCAACAGCCUGAAACACGCAAGUUUGCAUGUAUGAAGGUCACCACAGUCCGUAAAAACGACGCAUCCCCCGAGACGCGUAGCAUUAUUAUUUUCCCUUCUGCAUUUCCUUUCUUUAAUGCAAUUCCUUACCCUGCGAGUUGUUCAGGGCGUAUGGUUGAUUUUCAUAUAUACACCUACAGCAUUUCCAAUCGUUACACGAUACACUACAUUAUUAAGGUAAGCGCGCUAUGAGCAGUAAUUGUACCAAACGUAAAAGAUCCUUCGAGCCGCGUCGUCAG